AUGUUUGCCUGCUCAUUUCAGAUCAUCAGUCUAGUAGCUACUCUAGCUCUUGAUAUCACUUCUACUUCCGCUUCACCAAUCCUGGAAGGACGAGACGACGUCGAUGUCGACAACUCAAUUCAGUCGCAAGUGUGGUUACCUGCUUACACGAGGAUAGUCAAUCGACCGAGUCUACCUGAAGGAGGAUGGGGACCUUUUUACGUCCAGGAAACAUUCACAAGAUCCCAGUUGGAAAAUACUCUACAGGAUGAUGGGAGCAAUACGACCACCAAGACCGAUUCAGAUGGAUGGAAUAGACGAAAGGUGUUUUGGUAUAUCUACAGAAAUACUGGUACGAUGCAAUCCAAACCUUUGAGUCAAGGGGGUCAGCCAAUAAACCCUCUGGGAAAUGAAGAUAUCCUGUACAAUAUGACUUGCUAUGAUUCCGUCCAUAAAAGGGCUGCCAACGGGACAUUAUUCGAUCAACAACUUGACUUGUCAGCUUCGAUCAUUGUCAGGCCACAUGGGUAUACCUCAUGGGAAGACUUAAAGGGGAAAGCGGCGUUCUACUGCCCUGAAGGUGAGUGUAUCCACGAAGACUGUAAGGGAUUACCCGUACCUACUUGGAAUCAAUCCAUAUAUGAUCAACAAAACGGAACAAACAAUGCGAUAGAACUCCUAUCUAGCAGGAUUAGCUGA